AUGCGCGUGCUUUAUACCGUUUUAAUUGUCACGACGAUGCUUCUCUCAGCUGCGAAUGCUGCACCUAUGACCACGAGCUCCGACAAGACUUCGCUUAAGAAAAUCAAAGGUGAUGACGCAGUUGAUGUGGACGGACAACGCCUUCUAAGAAGCAACAAGUCGGCCAACAAAAGCAUGGACCCGAGUGAUGAGGAGAGAGAUGGAUUCCAUUGUAGAGGAGGUUGA